CUUCAGUGUAAACGGAAGUGAUCAGUAACCAAGAAGAAUUUCCACAUUAGCGUUUUUAUUGUUGAUAUUAAGACGUGUAUUGACAACAUGGAACUCAACAUAUGACUUAUUUAACUGCACAGCAUCACAUACUUACCCCAUGUAGUCUUUAAUUCGCGUUGGAGGCCGGACUUGGUUGAUAGACGUUUUUUUUAGGUAACGCUAGUUAGCUGCUAACAAUGGCUAACUGUAUGGUUUUUCACACUCAAAUAGCCUCCAUCAUGGAGGUGCUAGCAAAUGCAGCCGUAGCAGAUAUCUGUAAACUCGUAGAUGACGACUAUGCAGUGUUUCGUUUGGAAAUAACUCAAAGCCAGAAAGAAAACAGGGCAUUGCGGAGGAAACUACAGCUACUGGAACUAAAGGUAGCACGGGAGCGCGUCGUCGCCAGUCGUCCCAGUAGUGUCAAGAUCCUCGACCGUUACAGAGGAAUAGCAAGAGGUGAAGCACAUCUCACUGGAGGCAACAGGAGCUUUGAAAAGCCAGCGAGACACAAUACAUGGGGAGAUGGCCAACCAAUCACUGUUGAUGAGGGGAGUGGAACUUCAACCCGGCAUGUAAUCGUGAUAGAGUCUGCAGCUGCAGAGGCUGCAGGUCCUGGGGUCAAGCAGGAGAGUUCUGAAGGAGAGGAAAUCCAACAGCACAGCAGAGACAUCCAGACUGGAGCGUCUGGAGCACCCCCUGUAGCCACAGAGGACCCUACCACCGCCCCAGCGCAGCCCAGGACCCGACGCAACAUCAUGGAGGAGGAGGAGGGUCCAGAGGUGCUGCUGGUGAAGGAGGAGGAGAGUCUGAGGAACCCUGAGGGGACCAUGGUCAUGGAGGACAACCAGACUACACCUCCUCCUGAACUCACAGAGGAACCAGCUGAGCAGCACAGGACCACACACAGUCUCACUGAGUCAGUAGACAUGGAGGAUGGUAAGCCUGAUCUGCUGCUGAUCAAAGAGGAGACAAUAGAAGACGGACCAGAGAGCAUUGACCUGCUGAGUGGACUAAAGAUGGGGGAGCAAGGUGGUUGGCUGGAGGUUAAAAAAGGAGACUGGGCGGCCAUCUUGGAUUCCCAGACCGGAGCAGCCAAGGGUCGAGGAGAUGACAUCACCGAGCUGGCCAGGGCCAGAGGUGACAUAGUGGAGUCUGCAGUCCAUGAAGACCUGCUGAUAUCCGGUGUUGCUGGCGGGAGAGAGUGGACCUCUGAAGCUCCUGGUCACAAACCCUGGCCCCGGAUCAGAACCCUGGAUCAGGAGCCAUUGUUAUUCCGUCCCGAUUCGGAACUAGGACCAACCGACGAGGGACAGAGAUUCCACCACUACACAGAACACAACCAGUGGACAGGUGGACUGAACAACCUCAGUCCUGGUGGUCAUCAGAGAGACAGAGGCUCCAGUCAGGGAUCCAAUCUGCAGCCCAGACCCUUCUCUUCACAGUCUCAGUGCAGGGAUGAAGCAGGACCUGGGGCUGAUGGAGAUAGACCCUCCUGUUCCUAUGAUACAAACACCACAGUAUCCAUGAUGAACAGAGCAGGUCAUCUUAGGCUUCAGCCUUCACAGAGAGUGGUGGGAGAUCCCCUGGGUGGUAGUCUAUCAGGAAGUCUUUCUUUUCCUUCAGGAUCCCAUCUAAUGCCUGGUGACUGGGUUCAUAGUAAACCUGGACCUGGGUCUAGCCUUCCUCAGCUGCCUCAUGGUAACCCCACGAAUGCAGACAGGGUCAGGGUGGGCGUUCACCACGAGAGGCACCUAACCUAUAACACAGCACACAAUCCCAUCAACACCAAAACAAUGGCUAGAGGUCAAGGAGGGAGCUCAAAGACUAACCACCUGACGGUGGUGGCUCCUGCUUCUACCUCCUCUGGUGUCAUAGGGUCACAACGUAAGAGGCCAAGCAAUAGGACAGAUUCUGAAAAGCCGUAUGCCUGCCCCACGUGUGGGAAGAGCUUUGCGGAGGCAAGGUAUGUGAAGCAGCACCAGAUGGUUCACACAGGAGUGAAACCCUUCAGCUGUCCCCAGUGUCCCAUGUGCUUUGCUCAGGCUGGUGACCUGAAGAGGCACCAGAGGGUCCACACAGGGGAAAAACCCUACAGCUGUACCCAGUGUCCCAUGCGCUUCGCCCAGGCUGGUCACUUGAAGAUGCACCUGAAGGUCCACACUGGAGAGAGGCCGUUCGCCUGUACACACUGCGGGAAGAGGUUCUCAGAGAGAAGCUACCUCAGGAUACACCAGCAGAAAAAACAUUCCACUCUAUAACAGAAAGUAACCAUUCCAAUCGAUAGCUUCUGAUGUUUAGAUCAAAUCCUGCAUUAAAGACUAAGAUGAAUUUUCAAUGUCAAUCAAAAAUAGCCACAGAUACAUUUGGAAUAAUGAGAGUAACGGAUUUCAGUGUUUAAUAAUCCUGAGUAGAAUAUUGCAUCCAGACAUUGUGUGAUACACUGUAUAACCCUAAACAAGUCUGAUAGAUAGUGUUUGUACUGUGUCGGAUAUAAGAUGUUCACAAAUGCCUGUUUCAUUACUUACAUUCAACUAUUUUUUUUCCAAGAUACUUUUAAUGAGAAAAUGAAUGCAGUUUAUCGAGUUCAUGCAGUUUUUUUGUUGAGAAGUAUGUGGUUUUCAUAUGGUGUAUUUGAAGACUUCCUCCCGUGAUUAAACUUUUCCUGUUGUAAAGUGAUAUUUUAUUUUACCUUUAUUUAACUAGGCAAGUCAGUUAAGAACAAAUUCUUAUUUUCAAUGACGGCCUAGGAACUGUUCAGGGGCAGAACAACAGAUUUGUACCUUGUCAGCUCGGGGGUUUGAACUUGCAACCUUCCGGUUACUAGUCCAACGCUCUAACCACUAGGCUACCCUGCCGCCCAAUGUUGAACAAUACAAUGUUUUGAACAAAAGUUUUUUUUGGACACAACUGCAAACUUCAAGGAGUAAGGCAUUCAAUGAGUUGGUUUGAUGGGAAGUUGUGAUGCCAUUGGCCUAGUGAACAAAAGAAGAAAGGCCCAACCCACCCACUUGUGCUAUGUCCUGGACCACCUAUUAAGAUGUGCCUUUUUGCUAAGUAAAUCAGGUGUUAAGAGGUGAAAAGGAGACUGGAGUGGCACCUUAACACUUGUUCAUGUUUAAUAAACACAAAAUGGGACUUUUCA